AGAUUUAAUGGAUAGCAACAACAGGGACUUGUGGGUCUGAAAAAAAAUUGGAGGACUUAAGGCGGAUAGAGUUCUGUGGACACAAUUCGCAUCGACACUGAUCCUGAGACGUUGCGAAGCCGCCUUUGCCCUUUAGUCAAGUAAAUGGGACAGAAUUAGGUAACCUGUAGUAAAGAAGGAUCACAGGGUUAAGUAAAGUUGAUAUAAAGAAUCCGGUGAAGAGAAACACAAUAACGAACAGGUUCAAAGAUCUGAGUUGCUCGUGUGAGAGUCGAUGCAGUCGAUGCAGUGAAAAGCGAUUAGAGGACCCAUCAGAAACAUGUGACAAAAGUCCGCUGCAGGUCAAGAAGAAGACUCCUCUUUCUUUACGGAUGACUGAGAACGCAUUCAAAUGGGACCACUUUCCUGCGCCUACUCAUGUUAGAAGAAUUACAACUGACGGAUAUUUAGAUAUUGGACACAUUCUGAGAAGACCACCAACUUCGAUAUCUUAAACAGAGAAAUUCCAGUUCCCGUUCAAAUAAACUGAGUUGUUACAAAGCAUCAUGGGUGUUGAUUUGGUUAAGAUCAAAGUGAUCCUGCAUCUCCUGGUUUCCCCGAUGACCAGAUAUAUUAAUUAUUACUAUUCUAAACCCACGAGGUUGAUAAACAAAAGAGUGGGAUUAGCGGCGCUUGUGUUAUUAGCUAUUUACUUUAUAUUUAUUAGGGAACAAGCCAUAUUUAUUCACAUUCACAUUGGAGAGCCAGAUUUUGUAGAUACAAACAAGUUCAGAUUUAAACGUGAAGUAAAGUGGGGUGCAGCCUACAUUGACCACGUUCACCGGCAGCCGGUUUACGUGGACGACAAGAAUCCAGAUAACUUAUUUUAUGACAAGGACAAAGAAAAACAGCUCAUCGACAAGUUUCAGUUCAACAAAUAUCUCAGUGAUAGGACACCUAUAAACCGUCCCAUGAAGGACUUCCGACACACCACAUGUUUACAGCGACAAUACCCUGAUGACAUGCCCUCUGCCAGUGUAAUCAUGGUGUUCUACAACGAGGCAGCCAGUGUAGUCCUCAGAACAGUGCACUCUGUGCUCAAUAAAUCUCCCCCUCACCUUAUACACGAGAUAUUGUUGUAUGAUGACAACAGUGAUCUAGACGAGGUGGUUGAAGGAUCGUGGUUCACGAAACACAUUAAAACUCUCCCUAAAGUAAGGCUGGAACGUUCUACACAUGGCCGGGGCGGUCUUAUCAAGGCUAAGACGUUUGCUGGAAAACUAGCGACGGGUAAGAUUCUAGUGUAUCUAGAUGCACAUUGUGAGUGCAAUGAUGGAUGGCUGGAGCCCCUUAUAUACCCCAUCUAUAUGAACAAGACCGCUUGUACCACUCCUAAUAUUGACAGUAUAUCCUGGCAGAGGCUGGAGAUCCACGCACCGGAGGUUGUUGAAGUGACCGGGGGACUGAACUGGAUCCUGAACAUGCUGUGGAGCCCUCUCUCCGUUGAGGAGCAGGCUAGACGAGCUAAAGACCCCUAUCCUAUCACUGCUGAUAUCAGGACCCCGACUAUGGCAGGAGGUCUAUUUGCAAUCGACAGGGAGUGGUUUGUGGAACUGGGUAUGUACGAUGAUGGUCAGGAUAUCUGGGGAGGAGAAAACAUAGACCUCUCCUUCAGAGUAUGGCUGUGUGGGGGUACGCAGUGGUUGUGUCCCUGCAGCAAGGUGGCUCAUGUGUUCAGACCAAAACAUCCAUACUCCUUUGGCAGCGGCGAUGAACAAAAUUUCAAGGUGGUGAUGAAGAACUACAAGAGGAACGCCCUGGUGUGGCUGGAUGGUGAACAUCUCGACUUUUUCUAUAAGUGGAAACCCCAAGCCAUCGAUGUAGACGCCGGUGAUGUAUCGGGGCGACUGAAGCUUAAACAAAAAUUGCAGUGCAAGUCCUUUGAUUACUUUCUGGAGAAUGUAUGGCCGCUGCCGGCAGAGAGGGACUGCGUCGCUACCGGCAUGAUCAAAAGUCCUGAUAAUCAGUGCUUAGAUAACGCUGGUGGAUCCGAUACGUACGGGCAACAUCUUCAGAUAUGGGGAUGCCAUAAUCUUGGAAACAAUCAGUUCUGGAUGUACCGAAAGGACCGCAGAUUAAUGGGCUUGUUGUAUGUGUUUGAUGUAGACGGUCUUAGUCCUGGUUCAAAUGUUAUUUUGGUAUGGAUCGACCUCAAAUCUGACAGACAAUUCUUCGACUAUAAUCCAAAUACGGAACAGUUAAUACAUAGAAAGAGUGGGUUAUGUAUCGACCGGCAUGCAACUACGCGUGACAUUAUUAUCGACACGUGUGACUCUUACAGAAAUAACCAGAAAUGGACAUUUCAGUACACAUACUCUGACCGGCCCCUUUAGUCCUAUGUUAAAUGAGAUCUGAAUCAACUGAGUUAUUUUUUUUCACUUUUCAUCACAGUUGCGUACUUUUGAUUGGCUAAAUUUACGAAAUCAUAACAUUAUCAGAAAUACUCCUACUUCUAGUUCUAGCGGCAUCACUGCUAUUUGAAAAAGCUUUGCAAUUCAAAUUAAAAUGUUUUACAGUAGUCGGGGUUAUAAACUUGGAAGCAGCAGAUUUUCAGAUUAAAUUUGUUGAGUCUAAGAAUUUUUAAAGACUAUUGUUUUGUGCUUUGCCAUAUUAUAUAAGUUAUAAGUUUUGUUAAAUUAUAAAUUGAAAUUUACUGACUAAUUCCCGCUUUGUAAUUAGACUAAGGAAAGGUUGCAGUUAAUUUAUUUGUAUUAUGGGUGGUUGAUUGUUGAAGAAUUUUGUUAAGAGUACCUCAACCUACAGAUAUUAGGUUACACUAAUGAUUACACUAAUGUGUAAUUAGUUAUAUAGUUGUUAGCGGACGCUGUUAGAUAAUAUUGUUUGGGUUGAAGUACGAAAUUCAUAUUGCUCGAACAUUGAACAGAGCGACUAAAUUCAGAUUAGUACAGAUAAGUCCAAAAUGACAAACUUAAUCGUACAAUUGUAUCGCUAUUAACAUUUUGUCUUUUGCAGGAGCUAAUGUAAUGAGUAAUGAUUUGGACAUACUCAUAGUAAAUCAUAAAUCUGACUAAUGUUUACGUUUUUAAACUAUUUAAUUGUUAUAUUUCGAACAAAUUGGCACAAUAUAAACAAAGAAUAAUAACUGUGUUUGAUAUUUUCCACCAUUCACUGGCACUU